AUGGGCACCGAAGCUUUUGAAAUGAGUCUUGGUUUGGUGCUCUUGACGAUCCUUACAUUCCCAGCAAAAUCUUCAGCAACCGAUCAUAUCUACAAUGUUGGAGAUAAUGUCCCCUUGUUCGUCAACAAAAUUGGUCCUUUGAACAACCCCAGUGAGACCUAUCAGUACUAUGAUUUGCCCUUCUGCCAUCCAGAUCCAGUAAUUCAAAAGAAAGAAUCCAUUGGGGAAGUUUUGUGUGGUGACCGUUUGACCAACAGUUUAUAUCAGUUGAAUUUCCGGCUGAACAAACUUGAGGAGAGACUGGGCCAGAAGAAGCUUAGAGUUUCUGAAGUUCGGAAGUUCAGGGAUGCUAUACUUGGUGAUUUUUACUUCCAGAUGUAUUAUGAUGAUCUUCCACUGUGGGGAUUCAUUGGGAAGGUCGAAGCUGAGAGUAUGAAUCUCAGUGAUAAGGGAACCAAGUAUUAUCUAUUCACGCACCUGCAGUUUGAUGCUCUUUACAAUGGAAACCAAGUAAUAGAAAUACGUGCUUUUAGUGAUCCAGAGCAUGUUGUUGAUAUAACAGAAGAUGUGGAUAUUGACAUUGAGUUCACAUAUUCAGUUAGCUGGCAUGCAACAUCAACUCAAUUUCAAAACAGGAUGGAGAAAUACUCAAAGGCUUCAUUAUUGCCAGUCCGCCAGAAAAUUCAUUGGUUCUCAUUCAUUAACUCGGUAGUCAUCAUUGUGCUUUUGAUGGGAUUGCUUACCUUGCUAGUUAUGCGACGCCUCAAGAAUGACCUGAGAAAGUGUUCAAAUGGUGAUGAAGAAGAAGACAAGGAAGUUGGUUGGAAAUACCUUCAUGGUGAUGUUUUCAGACACCCUUCAAACAUGCCACUGUUUUGUGCCGUUUUGGGCUUGGGUACCCAGCUGCUCACCAUGGUGUGCAUCUUAUUUCUGUUAGCAUGUUUUGGGGUCCUCUAUCCCUACAAUCGUGGAGCACUGCUCACUUCUCUUGUCUUCAUUUAUACUCUUACUUCUAUGGUUGCGGGGUACAGUGCUGCUGCUUUUCACAAUCAAUUUUCUGUGACCGGAUGGGAAAAGAGUGUUCUUCUAACUGGGAUUCUCUACUUGGGCCCAUUCUUCGUGACAGUGUCUUUCCUUAAUACAGUAGCUAUAUCCUAUGGUGCCACAGCUGCACUUCCUUUUGGAACCAUCGUAGUGAUUCUUCUCAUAUAUGCAUUUCUUGCCAUCCCAUUGCUUGGUUUGGGUGGGCUGAUUGGAUAUUGUAUAAGGUCUGAAUUUCAAGCGCCUUGUGCUACAAAGCAACUUCUAAGAGAGAUUCCAUCAUUAGCUUGGUAUAGAAGAACACCUUGUCAAAUGUUUGUUGGAGGUCUCUUGCCUUUUAGUGCAAUUGCCCUUCAGUUACACCACCUGUAUGCAAGCAUGUGGGGCUACAAAAUCUACACUCUUCCUGGAAUUCUGUUUGUUACAUUUAUCGUCCUCGUCAUACUGACUGCAAUCUUGACAAUUGGUUUGACCUACAUUCAACUUUCAGUUGAAGACCAUGAGUGGUGGUGGAGGUCCGUUUUGUGUGGGGGCUCUACGGCUAUUUUCAUGUUUGCCUAUAGCAUUUAUUUCUACAUCAGAUCAAAUAUGACUGGUUUCAUGCAGCUGUCCUUCUUUAUUGGCUAUAACACUUGCAUAUGUUAUGCAUUCUUCUUGAUGCUUGGUUCAAUCAGUUUCCGGGUCUCCUUGGUAUUUGUUCGCCAUAUUUACAGUGCUGUUAAAAGUGAAUGACAAUAUUCAGCCAUAUGCAAGUUUGUUUCUCAUGCCCACACUCUUACAGAGCAAACACAGGAGUCGUGUAACAUGUUUGUAACAUCUGUGAUGGAAGAAAUUGGAACCUUCAUACAGAAGAAACAGCCAGAACUGUACGUGACUCUCAGUGUGUUCCUAGCGCAAUAUACGCUUUAGCAGAGUCAUGACUGGUAGAGUUGGGGAUUGUUGUUGUGUUUCAAAGAUCAUCCCCCUUCCCUUUGCAACCUUACAACACUCAUGUAAAUGACAUAUUUGGCAUUUUUGCUGUCAGAAUAUUGUUAGAGAUUUUAUGAUACUGAAAACCACUUGGCGCGGUCGAUGGUCUCACAUUUCAGAUGGUAGAUCUCGAGAUUAGUGAGAGUGCUGGGGAA